UGUUAGCUUGAUACCAGACCGGUUACGGUGGUAUUCGACUGGGAGAAUUUAGAUUUGAAAUUACUACAUUUCGCAACACAUGUUUUCAUGGCUGUCACCUUUUUCGUUGGUGCAGUGGAGAUCAGCCCGCUGGGCUAAUUACAAAGAUCGUACCAAAAAUAUGACUCCAGGGAAGGAUCUUGUGUGAUAAUACGUGAUAAGGUGUCUCGGAGGCUUGAUGCUGCGCCUUCCUGUCCAGCCCCGCGCCCAGUGUCAUCAUGGAUGAAGAAACCCUUGAGGCAGCCAUCAGUACCUAUGGCGCCCAGUUGCAGCAGGUGGAGGCAGCCCUGUCAGCUGGCCUGGAUCCUUCCCAUCAGUCAGACCUGCUCAAACUGAAAGACGACCUGCGUCAGCUGAUCGAGCUCACCGAGUCCAGCCUGGUGUCUGUCAAGAAGAGUCAACUUCUGGCCAGCCUUGAGGGGGACUAUGGACUGCAGGCAAACACCUCCGAGGCGGCAGCUGACACAAACGGUGCAAACGGUGGUUUGGACGGUGAGAUGGCUGCUUUCUACUCCAAGCUCGGGGAGUCAUCAGGUAGUAGCUCUGAUCCGAGAGACAGGGACAAUGGGGAGGAUGAUGGGGUAGAGUAUGACGAAGAGGAGGAGGAAGAAGAAGAAUAUGAAGAUGCCCUCAGUGGUACGAAAGUCAGAGCGCCCUACCGGACAACAUGGGGGACAUUAGAGUAUCACAAUGCCAUGGUGGUGGGGGCAGAACCGUCGGAUGGAGAAGAGGCAAAAGUAAGAGUGCUCUACGUCUGUCCCACCCAGAAGUCUAUGAAACCCUGCCCAUACCACCUGGAGGACAAAUGCCGCUUCCUGGAGAAUUGCAGGUUUUCCCAUGGCGAGGUGGUGUAUGUGUCGGAGCUCAGAGAGUUCCUUGAGUUUGACCUCAGUAACCUUGAAGAUGGCUCCUGCUGCUUGGCUCGACAUGAGGACGGCAUCUGGUACCCGGCCAGAAUCAAAGAUAUUGACAGUGGUUUCUACACUGUGAAAUUUGACUCGGUGCUGCUGAAAGAUGUUGUGGUAGAGGCCGACUGCAUUAUCCCACCUCUGAGGGAAGACGACCCGCUCUCGUCGGAUUCUGACCUGGACGAUACUGGAGAUGGACAUUUGGGUUUUGCAAAAGUUAUGGACACCGGUGUGGAAUCCACAGAAACAGUAAACACUGCAAAUUUUGGUGGCUGGGAAGCACAUACCAGAGGCAUCGGAUCCAAGCUCAUGCUCAAAAUGGGAUAUGAAUAUGGGAAAGGCUUGGGGAAGAUGCAGGAGGGCCGAGUGGAGCCAGUCAUGGCGGUGGUCCUCCCCAAACGCAAGUCUCUGGACCAGUGUGCCGAGCUCACCCAGAGACGCACCCAGAGCAAGGUCUCCGGAGACGGCACCCUGAAGGGCCGCCGAAAGAGACGCAGGAAGCCUCGGGUCGCCACCGGAGGGCGCCGCACCGUCUUUGACUUUCUCAACCAGAAGCUCGAGGGCAAGAGCACUGCCCCCACCAAGGAGGGGGCCGCCGCUGCUGCUGCGGGGGCAACAGGGGUGGAAGCUUACAGGGGGGGGAAAAGCACCAAGAGGACUCUGAAUGUGAAGGUGUUCCAGGCUGCGGAGAGGGUGUCCCAGACCGAGAGGGAGAUCCAGAAACUGACCGACACACUCAGCAGACAGACGGGCCGGGACUCGUCCAGAGUGAAGCAGCUGGAGGAGAAGCUGUCGGCGGCUCGGCGGCUGCUGGCCCAGCAGAAAGCCCACGAGCUGUCCAUCCAGAGCGAGCACAGGAAGGCCGACACGCACAAGAAGAUGACCGAGUUUUAAGAUCGCUUCUCUCAUGAGAUUCUGAGGAUGAAGAGGAGCUCUGCCUGCCUGAAAUGAACUUUUGGCCCUUGCCUGUUGUCAGUUUUUUGCCAUAUACUUUUUUGCAUUAUCUCUCGCGUCAACUUGGCUGUUAUGCCCGUUGUUUGCUGAACUUCAUUUCUGCUUCUCAUUAUAAAGAAUUCGAGGACUGUGCAGUUUUAUUUUGGUGUUGUUGGGUUACUUAUUGAACACUUACACUCUACAACAAUGUUCCAAACUACUUUUUAUUUGUGAUGAGCAUUUUGUGUUUUUCUUCAUCAGGGCUAAAAUCCUUGUGUAUGCUUGUGUCCCUGUGCAUUGAUUCAUUUCAUUCUUUUCUAACUCUACUCCAAAGUUUUGUGUUUCCCAUCCACCAAAUCUCUGAUGUGUUCUUCGUUUUUACUUUUCAGAGAGAGCUUUUAAUAAUUCUAGCGUACGGCUGCUCCAGUCUACCUUUCACUGCAUUUCGGACUGACUUUCAAAUUGCAACCCCAGGGGUUGGGAGACCUGUACUCAGUUUUGAAGUGAAACCCCUCCAUUUGCCCACGCCUCUUACCGGCUUACACAGAGCAUCUUUGAAGCAACGACCAUCACCCCUCUAUUAAAUAAUGAAUUUGGAGAGCACCUUGUCAGACACACAUUGUCUGUAGGCGGUAUGUGGGUUGAGUGGAGACUGCAUCCAUCUUUGGGUUGAGAUGUUAGAUUAGGUCAUGCUUAUGAACAAUUUCAUUUUUUUAUGCAAUGCAGCAUAAAACACAAAUACUGUAUUUGUUCUUUAAAUAAAAAGGCCUUUCUGAAGAAUCGGUAAGGUGGACAUUUAAAGUUCAAUGUGACCCUGAGUCCAUAAAAUAAAGUUUGACAACUGGUGACCAUCCGCAUUAUUCCCCAAGGGGAAAGCGAUAGUGAAUAGCUCAUGUUGAAGCUGGGAGAUACUGCACUCUGUAAAACCCCCCUGAGGUCCCCGGGUGGACCGCACAUACUUGGUG